GGGACAGCAACGGGAGGGGGGACCAGACCGACUGGAGGAUCCGGCCGAGGUUCUGCCCUGGAAGCUCCGAGCAGCCUGUAAAAGCGCAGCGCACCCUUCCACCGAGGACGCACACCACCCCCGAUGCGGCACGGCCCAGCAAGCUUUAAAAGGUCUCGAUGGUUACGGGGUCAGGAUGACAGGCUCAACAAGCGGCGCCGCCGUAACGGUAUCGACGAGGGCGUCAUCUGCAGCAGCGGCAGCAGCAGCAGCAGCGGCGAUAGACGUGGUCAUGGGAGGAACUUCGACGAGUGCAACGACAGGGAUAAAACAAACACCAACUUCUUCACACUUGAACCAUCAUCAUCUUUACCAACCACCACAGCAACAACAUCAUCAUCAACAUCAUCAACCUCAACAACACCAACAACACCCGCACCAAUACCCGCAUUCUCACACAACAACAUCAGCUGCAGCAACAGCAGCAACGGCAGCAGCAGCAGUAACAACGAUUGUCAGCGCCAACCUGUUGGCAACAGUUGGCAGCAACCAUAGCGCGAAUGGUCUUAAUGACAGGGGUCUUGAGCCACGGUCGCGGUGCAGCCAAUGCGGGCGACGGCGCACAGCCUGCCACCACCUUCCGCACCAGCAGGGACUCCAACAGCCCACCUCCACAUCCGGUCCUUCCCAGUCCGGCUCCCAGGCCCAGUCCCAGGCCCAGUCCCCCUCCCCAAAUUCAUCAAUUCCAGUUCCCGCCAACGGAAGCCUCAGCGCCGCUCCGCCGCCCUUGCAGCCACGACCCCGCAGGAUCUCCAAACUAAGGCACCGUGCGGCCGCUGCUUUAACUGGAAGCACCGCCCAACAACCAAAUGCCGCCGCCGUUAAUUCUGUUACUUUUUCCCCAUACCCCACCACCAGCUCGACGCCGCCGUACGCCUUGUCGUCGGCCUCGGAUCCUGGCGACAACACCGGCAGCAGCAGCGCCGCCAUGGAACCUCCCGUGCUUUCGUUUUACGGCAAGGAGCCCGUGCCGCUGCCCUCGCGCUUCGGCCAGAUCAAGCGCAGUCUUGUUGCCGGCCACGAGGCAGAGCUCGAGGCGUCGUGGGCGCGUCUGAUCAAGGCACUGCGCGACGAUGUUGACGACAUUGCCUCGCGUGGCUCCAGUUUAACGCCAAGUAUCGAUUUCGGCGAUAUCCACAACCCGGACGCCCGGGCCGCCUUCUCACGCGACCUGAAGCGCUAUGGUCUAGGCCUGGUGCGUGGGGUCGUACCCCGCGCCGAUGCACAGGUCGCCAUCGACGAGACUGUCAAGUACCUCGAGAAACAGACCGACUUCAAGCAACCGUCGCCGCAAGAUCCGACAUGUUUCGACUUUUUCUGGACCCCUGCCCAGGUGCGCACGCGCGCGCACCCCCGGGUUCUCGAGGCCCAGCGAUUCGCCAUGUCCCUGUGGGAUAACAAGGUCGACGAUCGCAUGGCCCUCCGGUUUCCCAUCGCAUACGGAGAUCGUCUGCGCAUUCACGGCGCCGAUAUUGGCAAUGUGGGCCCCGACGCCGCUGCGGCUAAUAAGGCCAAGGAGGCCGACGAGUUGCCGGAUGACAUUGAGUUGGACGAGGAAUUGGAGGCGCAAAAGGCCGCCGCCGACCUGCUGGGCGACUUUACCUCGUCGACCAUAAUUGCGCAGGUCGACAACGGCAGUCUUGAGCGCUGGGAGCCGGAUGGAUACGGCCGCGACGGCACCUACGAUGCCGUGUUUAGGGGUGAGUGGGAAAAGUACGAUCCCUGGGAUCCCACCCACCGCGUGACUGCCACGUCCGACCUCUACAACGGCUACGGUGCAUGCAGCAUUUUCCGCAUGUACCAGGGUGUCGUGGCCCUCAGCACCAUCGAGCCGGGCCUGAUCCGCUUGCUCCCGAGCCCCAAGCUCGCCACCGCCUACUUCCUCCUCCGCCCCUUCUUCGCCCCCAAGACCAAGGCCCCGGAGCGCCGCGACGGCCCCGAAUGGGACGCCUUCCUGGACCCCUCCAACUGGGAGCUGGAGAAGGACCAGUCCACUAUUAUCCACGGCGCCGUCCCGGGCCACGCUCAGCGUUUGACCGAGACCUGGCACCCUCACCUCCACCUCCGCCGCACCCUCCAGACCAUCCCCACCCUCCAGACGGGCGACUACAUCGUCUGGCACCCGGACCUGGCCUACCACAUGACCUCGAACCCCAACGUCAUGGCCAGCCGCGCGCCGACCCCACCGCCCAUGGCCGAAGGCGAGGAGCCCUCCGGCCCGCCCGUCUCCAUCCUGGUCUACGUGCCCGCCGCCCCGCUGACCCAGACCAACGCGCUCUACCUCGCCCGCCAGCGCAAGACCUUCCAGCGCGGCCACCCGGGUCCCGACUUCGACUCCACCGGCAGUGGUCUCGGCUCCGAGGCCACCCACAUCGGCCGCCCCACCGACAACGACAUCGCCGAGGUCGGUGGGCCUGCGGGUUUGCAGGCCAUGGGCCUCGCGCCGUUCGACGUCGCGCCCACCCCGCCGGCUACGGCUGCCGCAGAUCAGUUGCCUGCUGGCGAUGGGACGCUGAAUGGGGCGGGUCGUGGUGGGGAGGCUGAGGGUGAUGAGAGCGGUAGCUCGUCGUCCAUGACGCGCGCCGAGGCCGAGGUUGCUCGUCUGGCGAAUAUUAUUCUGUUUCCGGACAGGUACGACUUUUACAUGGCCAAGCGGAACGGGAAUGGGAGCAAGCGCAGCAAGGUCAAGGUGGAGAGGCUGUUGAACCCGGUGGAUCCCCCCACGCCGCCGAGGGAGUCGAAGGGGAAGGGGAGGAGUUGACCCGGCCUGAUUUGAGGUGGCAU